AUGACUCCCGGCUUGCAAAGGCCGCCGGCCAGCCCUGCAGCAUGUCGUCUUGUUAUCCUCACUAUCGUUGACCUUCUGGUGAAGCAAUCAAAUAUAGCGAGCAUGACAGGUUCGGCCACUAUGCUCAAAUGUGUGAGCUCAGCAUUGCUCCUAGCGGCACCAGCAGCCGCGAGCUAUGCCUUCUAUGUCGGCAAAGAUUUGACGGCAGACGGUAGCGUAAUGGUUGGCGGUACAGGUGAGGAAGUGUCCUCCCACUGGCUCCAGAUAUUCCCAGCCAAGGACCAUGGACCCAACGAGACGAUUACUGUUGGAGUAACGGCGGACGCUGUCUUGCCUGGAGAACUCAUCCAGAUCCCGCAAGUGGAUCAUACCUUCCGGUAUAUCUCAAUGGAGUACUCCGACUUCGAAGGCUUCCCGGCACCACUUACGAACGGUGGGCUGAAUGAGAAAGGGGUCGCUGUUCGUGAUGUCUGGGCUGAGACGAGGACUGAGCUGUGGGACAUGACGCCUACGCCGCAGCUGGGACUGCAGUAUUCGGACCUUGCACGGGUUGUGAUGGAGAGGGCAAGUAAUGCGCGUGAAGGUGUGGAGAUUCUUGGCGACUUGAUUGCCAAAUACGGCUAUGCGGACUACGGCGGCAACUCGCACCUCAUCGCCGACAAGGACGAAGGCUGGGUUGUCUGGCAGUUUGCAGGUGGUCAAAAGCUCUGGGCUGCGGAAAGUCUUAGGUCCGACGAAGUCCGGGUCCUUUACCCAGGCUAUAUCGAGGACUUCCCAACCAACUACGACACCAACGCCACGGCGGCAGAGGACUUCCUUGGCUCGCCCAACCUGGUAUCUUUCGCAGUUGAGCAAGGCUGGUGGAGUCCCAAUAGCACAGACCCUUUCAAUAUCUUCAAAGUCUAUGGCCUCCAAGGUAACUACACUGCCCGCGACGGUGGCUUUAAGUACAUGUCCCAAGCCGCAUUGGAAGAAGCAACCCUCGCAAUGGUCCCCGUCACUGAGCAAGACCUUAUCGAACGUGUCCGUGACUACCGCAUUUCCGACGAUGAAGCGGGCUACGGCCAAGUUCUCUCGUUGAACAACCACACAGACCCGGACCUCUUCCGUCUCUGGAUAGCACCCACAUCAUCUGUAACGGCCCCUUUCAACCCCUGGUGGCUAGGCGUCAACUCCAUCCCACCAGAGUAUGCCGAGCAUCGCUAUCUCACCACCGGCGCAUCAUCCUCCUUCCUAAACACAGACUACCAAUUUCAAGAAGCGACCCACUUCGCCGGCCUGAUCUUCAAACAAAUCCUCUACAACACAUGCACUCAACCGUCCCACUUCCUCCCCUACGUCCAAGAAAUCCUCCACGGUCUCGAAAACGCUUCCCUCUCCAACGUCGCCCUCUAUGAGCGCGCCGCACAACUCUUCAUCAACGCCGGAGACCGCGAGGGCGCGAAGCAGUUACUUACCACCUACUCGCACUCGAGGGCUGAGGCGAGUUUACAGGCUGGGAGGUCUUUGGUGGAUGCGUUGGAUAGCUACAUCAAGUUGACGGGUCGGUAUAAGGCGCCAGUAGGGAGCGAGAUCAAUGAUGCUGGUGAGGGCGCUGAGACGGUGAAUUGUUUGGUGGGAGCGGAUCCUGAUCAGCCGGAGUGGAAGCAGCCGCAGACGCCGAUGAGGAGGAGGCGGUUGCAGAGAAGGUUGAGGAGGGUGUAG